CGCAGCAUCAGCACUGCAGCCGCCAACGGUGCGGCUGUCUGACGAUGGUAGAGUGUAAAGACGGAUGGUUAGGGCCGUGCCCGUCUAACCGGAACAUGCAAGUGUAACUUGAUUCAUGCUCGUUUAUCGUGUUAAAACGGGCUUUAGCUUUAGCUAGUCACAUAACAGCUUUGUUUUUAUAAUGGAGGAGGAUUGUGUUUUUGAUUACGACUCGACCUGGGACACAGAGAGUGAUGGAGACGACCCGGCCGGAGAGAGCCAAGCGCGUCGGUCAAGUCAAGACAAAAACAAAUCUGGUUGGGGUUUGGUACCUUGGCAUCAUCCACCCAGAAACAUAAGGGCAGCAAAGGACAUGCAGAACUACAGAAGAGGCUACCCAAAUCUUACAGAUGAUGAGUGCUCUGAAGACAAAAUGAACAAUUUGCAGUUUUAUCUCAACAAAUUCCCCUCUGCUCCUGAUGAUGUCUACAUUGACUCAUUCCUUAAGGAAUGGAAAAAUGACUACAAAAGACUAGAAAGAGUUCACUCAUACAUUCAGUGGUUGUUUCCACUGCGAGAACCAGGGGUUAAUUACAUGGCUUCAGAGCUCACCAAGAAGGAAAUUGAGGCCUUUAAGAAGAAUGUGGAUGCCAAGAGAAGACUAGUUGAAUCCUAUGAGCUCAUGUUGGGUUUCUAUGGCAUCCGUUUGGUCAACAAAGAGACAGGGGAAGUGAUGCGUGCAGAUAACUGGAAGGAGCGCUUUGGAAACCUGGAGCGGAAUAUGCACAACAACCUGCGCAUCACUCGCAUCCUGAAGAGCCUUGGGGAAUUGGGAUUUGAGCACUACCAGGCCCCACUCGUGCGCUUCUUUCUGGAAGAGACUCUGGUCAAGAAGACCCUUAGCAGUGUUAAACGCAGUGUGCUCGACUACUUCCUGUUUGCUGUGCUGGACAAGCAGAAACGCCAGGAGCUUGUGCGCUUUGCCUACCUUAACUUUGAGCCAAAGGAUAAGUUUGUGUGGUGUCCCAGGAAGAUUCUGAAGCAAUUUAAGAAGGCAGAGAAAAGACCAGACACUGUUGGGAAUGAAGAUGGAAAGGAUGAAGUCUGUUCACAGGGUAAAAGCAAAGAUGGUGAAGCAGUUGUGCAGCCAAAAGAGGAUGGAGUGGAUAAUGUUACAAAGACUCAGAAAAAAACUGAUAAAUCACCAAGUAAAGACAAAGCCAAACUGUCUGAGGCAUCGCCUGAGCCAAUACCAGAAGCUGAGAUUGUCGGAAAUGGAAAUGCAAAGGCUGAGUCUAACAACGAAAUUCUUGGGAAUGGAAAUGACUCUACAGAUGAUGUUGAUGACAUGGAUCAAUGUCCCACCCCUGACACUGCGAAGCCAAAAACCGAGCCUAGUGCGGACAGCGAGCACACAUUUACCAGCAACUCAAUGGAUACCGUCCAGGAACCGGACACCAGAAUGCCAACAGAUGGGGACAUAAACACUGAAAAACCACAGAAGAAGAAGAGAGACGAUAAGGAGCUGCCAAACAACGGCUCUGCUGAGGACUCAACCAGCGGGCAGAUGGAAGAAAAGGCUGGUGCUAAUAAGGCCACUGGUCCAGCAAGUCCAUCAGCACAAACCAUCCCUAAGACUAAUAAACACCUAAACUCUCUUUCUUCGGAAAGGGAGGAGAAAAUCCCAAGGACUGAUUUUAAUCAAGUGCUAGAUAAAAAGGAAGAGGAAGACGCAUCACAGCAAAAGGUGUUGGCACCAAAUGGGUCAUUGGGGAGCAGCGAUAAAUGUGAAGAUGAACGGACAAAUGGGAAUGAGUCGGAGGAUAUGAUUAUAGAGUCAAACCCCCCAAGCUCAGACCAAAAUGUGGGGUGUUCAUGAAUAAACUGGAGGAUUGAAGAAGAUACAUUCAUUUUAGCUUAAAUAAAAUUGUAAUAUAAGGACAGAGUAGGACUUGAAGACUUUCUGGGCCUUAUUUCUACUAUAUUUGAUGUUUAGCUUUUAAUUCUUUUAACUUUGAAGGAGUUUAUGAAUUGAUUAAUUCACCAACUGUGGGACUGGAUGUGACUCAGUUUUUCAUGGCCAUCAGAUAUUAUUUAAGAUAACCUGAUAUUGUUAAAGGAUAAAGACUGGUGGUAUACUGUAUAUGAAUAAAUCCUUGUUGUUGUUGUUGUUCAGCAAAUCCCUUAAAGACCAAACGUAACAGUGUGGAAAUCAGGCUCUCACUACAUGGCUUCCCUGCCCUGUCUGUGCCACUCAGCACCAAAUCCAUCGGUUCCUAAUGAAGGUGUGACUCUUUAAAAGCAGGUCAAAAAUAUAUUGUGUUCAUCUUUUGCCAACAUCACACCAACAGGAGUAAAUUGUGUUUCUGAUGGGGGCUAUUUCCAGCUGUGGGUUGGGGAAUAUUUACAGCAGAAGGACUGUGUGAAGCUUCAACAUAAAAUAAACUACAUUCUGCAUUGUAAUGAAGGAACAUGUCACCUGGUGCAACAGUGUCACUUGUUCGAUGUGUUUAAUCAUUUUCAAACAACACUGGAAGACAGCAGAGGGGAGUAAGGCCACUGGGAGUUGGAUAAAUUCAUCUGUUUUUAAUGGGAUUUGCUGACAAAGAUAUACGCAGUCGCCAGACUUAUCUCCUAAGGUCAUAAUGAAUAAGAGCAGCUAAUAUUUAAGAUUUCUGCUACAGUAAACAUACUGUUAUUAAUGUACGUAGGUUAAUGAAAUGAUUUCAGCAUUUUUAACUUGUUAAUAUUUUCACAACUGAACAAAUUUUUUGCACUGGAAGUAAGUAAUUGGAAGAACUUUUAUUCUUUCUGGGCUGUUUUUAGUAAAACAUUCUGUACUGGUUUGUGUUUCUGCUGGACCCCACUGUUCCAGUGGAUUUAAGACUGAAUGCCAGCUAAGUUAUAUUUAAGUUACUUUGCACAGUCUGUGCGUAUUCGUUCAGAUUUGGGAAGUAGACGUCUGAACAACUGAAGGUCUCGCCAAAAAUGUGAUAAGACUGGUUGAUUGUACAGUAUAUGUCUUCUCAAUAGAGCCGAUAUAAUUUAAAGUCCAGUGUAUGUUAGUUUGAGAUGGAUGCAGUCCAUGAACAUUCACAAGCCAGGGUGAUUUUAUUGAUGCAUUUUUUUUAUAUUUGCACUUGAUUUUAAAUAUGAAUUGUUGAAGUUAAUGUAUUUACGUAAUGAAAUUGUAAUAAUUUUGCAGGAGUGCUGAAUUCUUUAUAUGUAACUUGUUUUUCCUCAAGUAAAUACCUGGCUGUUGACAAA